AUGAAAGAUCAUUCAAGCCCUUCUUCAUUGCCUUCCCAAGGUCUUGAUCCCAAGAAACACGUGAAUGUUAUUGUUACAAGGAGUGGUAAGGUUCUUGAGGAGAGAUUGCCUAGGAAGAGUGAAGAUAAGGAGAUUCCUAAGGAAGCCUUGGUUGAGAAUGAGGGGGAUAGGGCAUCAUUAGAUGAGGUUGUGGUUGAGAAACCUAGAGAGGUGAGAGUAGAGAAAAAAAUUUUGAAACCCAAGCUCCCUUACCCACAAAAAUUCAUGAGACACAAAUUGGAUGAACAAUUUGGGAGAUUCAUUGAUAUGCUAAAACAACUUCAUCUUUCUCUACCUUUUACCAAAGUUAUCAACCAAAUGCCAAAUUAUGCCAAAUUCCUCAAGGAAAUUUUGAGUGGGAAAAGAACUUGUGAGGUUGUGGAGACUACCAAUUUGACCGAAAGUUGUAGUGCUAUCAUCAUGAACAAAAUGCCACCCAAAUUGAAAGACCCCGGAAACUUCUCCAUCCCUUGUGCCAUUAACAAGAUGCAAAUUGAUAAUGCCUUAUGUGACUUGGGAGCUAGUGUGAGCAUAAUGCCAUAUUCGGUUUAUCAAAGACUUGAACUAAGGGAACUCUUACCUUCUAACAUUACCUUGCAAUUAGCCGAUAGGUCAAUCAAGUUUCCAAAAGGUAGACCCUUUCUUGCUACCUUGGAUGCUAUGAUUGAUGUGAGGAGUGCGAAGAUUUCCCUUAAGGUAGGAGAUCAGGAUAAAGUAGGUACACCAUGCAAGGAAAUGGCAUUCUGUGAGGAAUUGCUUAAUGGAAGCAUGGAGGAAGUGUAUGAGCAAAUGUGCUUUAAAAUCUCAAGCCAAGAAGCUUUGCAAGCGGCCACAUCAAAGGAAGGUAAUGGUGUGCCUAUGGUAGAGCUCAAACCUCUACCAUCACACUUUAGGUAUGAGUUCUUGGGCCCUCAUUCCACUUACCCCGUGAAAGUUAGUGCAUCCUUGAGUGUGAGCCAAGCUCAAGCGUUAUGUGGUGUUUUGAGAAAGCACCAAGGUGCUUUGGGGUAG